UGUGGGUGUUUUAUUAUGGGAAUUGACUAGUAACAAACCACCUUUUAGUAAUCAUCAUCAACAACAUGCUGCUUUAAUGUUUGAUAUUUCUCAAGGAUUUCGUGAGGAACCUAUUCCUAAUACACCUGAUGAAUACAUUAAUUUAUACAAAGCAUGUUGGCAGGAUGACCCAAAAAGCAGGCCUGAUAUUCAAUAUGUUGAAAAAAUGCUUAAUGUAAUGAUUUCAGGCUCAAAUAUAGUUGAUAAAGUUGAUAGAGAGGAAAAUUAUGGGCAACAAAAAAAUGAAGACAAUAAUUCUUUCAGUCAUCCCAGUACUAUUGAUUUCUUGCAAGAAUAUUUUGAUAAUAAAGUCAAAGAACUUUCAGAACUCUGA